UCCUCGUAUAGAUGAUAAGCAGAAGCAGAAUUCCGAAAUAAAAACCGAAAAAAAUUAAAUACAAGUUCAGAACAGUUUAUAUCUGGGCCAGUGAAGACGAAAUCGUUGAAAACAAUGAGCAAAUUUACAGUUGUGUUGGUGUUGCUUGUUUUGGCUACUAUUGCUUGGGCAAGACCGAGCGGUGUAGAAUCUUCUCAAAUAGAUCGGGUUGCUUAUGAAAGAUGUCUGGAUCAAUUCUUUAGUGCCGCUAAUAACGCUUUACGUGGAUAUUCCCGUUCUUUUAAUGUCAAUGAACAUUUCCUUUGCUUCUCCAAGGCUCUUGGCUGGCAAAAUUCGGACGGUUCCCUUAACAGAAAAAAUAUCGAAGGAAAUGUGGACAAAGAAUUAGGAUAUGCGAAAGCGCAACAAUUCAAAGACGAAUGUAUCAUUGAAUACUCUACACCGGAACUUACCGCUGGUCAUUUGUUUAAUUGCGCGAAGAACUACGCUGAUCAAAAUGCUUGGUUGAAAAAUUAAAAGUACAAAAUUGUAUUGUAUAUUUAUCCUUUUUGUGGAUAAAUAAAGUUAUAUGUAUUUUUGAACUAGUAAAUUCCAAUUGAUCAUAAUCCUUUUAUCCAACUGGUGAAAAACCAAAUUGCAUUUUAAUAUAGCUAUUAUGUUAAAUA